AUGGGUGUUCCAGAAUUGAAGGCCAUCUCAGGCCCGACCUACCUCACUGCUCAGGAUCUUAUCCAGCAGGUUGCAUACUCCCUCUCGGACAAGAUCUUCUCAUAUUCUCCGGAGUCAUUCGACCUCGAUUCGGCUGUGAAGAAAUGGCUAUCUCAAAAUGAAAAGAAUGUGAAUGGAGAAGUUACCUCUGUUCAGUCUCUUCAGACUCGUCAAGGUGCCGGCUCGAUUGCCCUUGGCUACUUGUUCUCCCGGGAUUUCGACCUGAAGAAGCGCCAUGUUCCCCAAGGAAUCAUUGCCUCUUCCGCAACACUGACCUACUUGCGGUCCUCAUUGGAGCAACUUUCUCUACUCUAUGCUGUCGCCAACCCCGUGGUCGCUCACGUCGCCGCUGUCGACUAUGCCGGCGAACGUCUCGUUUCAGACUACGCGAUAGCAUUGAACUUGGCCGAGGAUUUGGGACUCGGUCUGAUUUCAAGCUCAUCCGUGCACGAAUCACAACACAUGGCUCUGUUUUCGACCUUAGUGGCCAGUUUCUUGCCAACCAUCCACCUUUACGACGGCGUUCUUGUGGGUCGUGACAACACCCGGGUCAUUGAUGUUAUGGACCAGGCGGGUCUCCAACGCAUUUACCAAGCCGUUCAGCAACAGACUUCAGUCGAUACCAAGGCAAAGCAUUUGGAUGACCAGGGCAAAGUGCUGAAUGUGUUGCAGUCCCUCAACGGCGAAUUGGGCACCGACUAUGGACUAUUCGAAUACCACGGUCAUAGCGAGCCGACCUCCGUCUUGGUCGUUUUUGGUACUGUAGAGGCCUCUCUAACUUCACAGAUCGCCAAUUCUUUGAGCAAGCGUGACUCGCGCGUUGGCGUUGUCAAUGUGCGUGUCUACAGACCAUUUGUCGAGGAGGAAUUCCUCCGUGUCUUGCCGAAAACUGUCAAGACUGUGGGUGUCCUCGGCCAAGUCCGCGACCAGCAGGCUGUCCAGGAUGAAGGUGUUCACUCAGCCUUGUAUGACGACGUCCUCACAGCUUUGACCUUUGCGGUUGACCGCACCGAGAAGCCUGUCUGUGUCGACAUCAAAUAUGAUGUUACUCAUCAUUGGACUAUUGUCAAUGCGGCUGCUGCAUUCCAGCGUCUUUCUGAAAAGCCUAUUCUUCAGACCAACAACCAGGCAAGCCCUCUUCAGCUUUUUGAACAAGCUGGUACACAAGAGUUCACUCUCUGGGAUUUGGACGAUGGCCAGUCCCUCGAUGCCGCUGCUUCUUUGACUCAGGCGCUCGCCAAGGACCCCUCCGUCAACGUCACUACCAGUACUGUGUUUGACAACCUGAUUCAAGGUGGUGUCGUCCGUGCCGACAUCCGCAGAAGCUUAAAGAUUAUCGAUGCGCCCUACCCAGUCAUCACUGCCGAUGUUGCUUAUGUUGGCGAUAUCAAGGUCCUCAACGACAUUGAUGUUCUUGCAUCGGUCAAGGACAACAGUCAAGUCCUCAUCAAGGCACCCGGCCUCACCAAUGAAGACCUUGAGAAGAAGUUGCCCGUUGCCUUCCAGCAGCAAAUCGCCAAGCGUGGCAUCGUUCUUUCGCUCUUGGAUGCCUCCGAGUCCACAGCUGUCCAGGCCGCCAUUUUGCGUGUUGCUCAGGGUUCCUCAAAUAGUCUAAAGAUCAAGGUUCCUGAAUUCCUUACAGAAGCCGAUAAAGAGCUUGAGACUACGCUUCGCAAUGUUGCAGUUCCUGAAUCAUGGAGCAAUGCUGAAGUCCCUUCUGAUGCUCAGGAGUUGCCCAAAGAUAUCACUUCAACCAGCUUUGCAGCUUUCGACAAGACUGAGGUUGAMCCCGCCUCUCUUCUCAAGGACUGGAAAACUGCUGCUCAGGGUCUUGCAUUCAAGGAGGCUUUUGGUACUCAGAACUCAUUGCGUCCAGACGUCAAUACCGAGACUUUCACUGUCCAUGUUAAGGAGAACCGUCGUUUGACCCCCGUCACCUACGACCGAAACAUCUUCCACAUCGAGUUUGACCUCGGUGACUCCGGUCUCAAGUACGAUAUCGGUGAAGCUCUCGGUGUGCACGCCGAGAAUGAUCCUGAGGAUGUCAUGGAAUUCAUCAAAUUCUAUGGCUUGAACCCAGAUGAGGUUGUCGAAGUCCCCAACAGGGACGACCAGAACAUCUUGGAGAACCGCACUGUUUACCAAGCCUUGGUGCAAAACGUGGAUCUUUUCGGUCGUCCCCCUAAGCGUUUCUACGAAGCUCUUGCCGAGUUCGCCGACGAAGAGAAGGAAAAGAAGGAGCUCCUCGCUUUGGCUGGACCAGAGGGCGCGGUGGAAUUCAAGAGACGUGCUGAGGUUGACACCAUUACCUAUGCCGAUAUCUUGCUCGAAUUCCGUUCCGCCCACCCCAGCUUCCACGACAUUGUGCGCAUCGUGAGUCCCAUGAAGCGCCGUGAGUACUCCAUCGCUUCUUGCCAGAAGGUUACACCCAACUCUGUGGCUUUGAUGAUUGUCGUCGUCAACUGGGUUGAUCCUCGUGGUCGCGACCGUUUCGGACAAGCCACUCGCUACCUCAGCGGUCUCCAGCCUGGCGCUCCCAUCACCGUCAGCGUCAAGCCUAGUGUGAUGAAGUUGCCUCCUCGCUCCACCCAGCCCAUUAUCAUGGCUGGUCUGGGUACAGGUCUCGCCCCAUUCCGUGCCUUUGUGCAACACCGCGCCCUGGAGAAGGCUCAGGGCAAGGAAAUCGGCUCCGUUCUUCUCUACAUGGGAUCUCGUCACCAGCGCGAAGAAUACUGCUACGGUGAAGAAUGGGAGGCCUAUCAGGCUGCUGGCGUCAUUACGCUUUUGGGUCGCGCAUUCUCUCGUGACCAGCCUCAAAAGAUCUACAUCCAGGACCGUAUGCGUCAGACUAUUCCCGAGAUUGUGCAAGCCUACAUCCGCGAAGAAGGUGCUUUCUACCUUUGCGGUCCUACAUGGCCUGUUCCUGAUGUGACUGAGGUGCUAGAGGAGGCCAUUGCCAUCGAAGCUCAGGCAUCGGGCAAGAAGGUCGAGACCCGCAAGGAGAUUGAGAAGUUGAAGGAUGAGGAACGAUAUGUUUUGGAGGUUUAUUAA